AUAUACUUCCGGGGCAUGCGCGGUUAAAAGCUGAAAUGGUUUGAUUAUAGACAUACUCCGACUGUAGUCGGUCAGUAACACUACCUUCUUAUUUAUGCUAACUUGUCCAACACUAACAGCACUUUUAAUGGACGCUCUGCACAGACACCGCUCACUUUAUAAAGGCACGACUCCGCCAUGGAAAGACACGUACAGAAAACGAUGUAUAGACAGGCUGAAAAACAGCCGGUCCAGACUGCUCGACAGAUACCGACAGGCGGGAGAGAAUCAGCAGCGAAGCGGCUCCGGGGCCUCCACCAUCGUCCAGGAGGUGAUGGAGGAGGAGUGGAGCGCCCUGCAGUCUGAGGACCGGAGGCUACCGUCGCUGUGGGGGCCAGAGGGGUUGACAGAGAUGUUCAGUCUCACGAAGGAGUACGAUGAGCUGGCGGUGCUUGAUGAAAUCCAACAGGAGCUCAUGUCUCACGAAAUGUCUAUUAUUGAAGAGUACGAGAGGAACCUGCAGUUUGAGCAGCAGUACAUAUCGUCCGUCGUGGAGGGGAUGGAGGAGAUGCAUAUUAUUUGCCCCAUAUGUCACAUGAACAACUUGAACGUCAACAGCCAUUUCAUCUCCUGCAUAUGUGGACUUUAUAUAAACACUAAGAAACGAAACAUCACCUUCGAUGUCCUGCAGCGUCUUCUGGAGUCCAGAAUGUCGGAGCACAUGGACGACUGUCUCCACAACCCUGUUUUCUUUGUAGCUCCCAACACGGAAAGCUCCCCCAACCUGAUGAUAAGUUGCAAGGUGUGCGACUACCUGUCCAUUGUCUUGUGAGUCCAGACUGUCAGGGUGACUUUAUAUGGGAGGUUUUGACUUUAUUUGUGUGUGUGUGUUGUAUAUUUUGUGAAAUAAAGAAUAUUUUGAUAUUAAA